UUCAGUAUCAUUUGUAGUGUUGUGAGUUUCAUACUAGUGACAAUGAAACUGUGUAUUUUGUUAGUUGUUUUCACUGUGUUUAAGCCAGGAUUUUCCUCUAUGGCUUUCAAAGACCUCGGUAUAACUGCAGAUAUCAGCCGUAUAGCAACUUCACUCAACGACAUUUUCAAAGAAUCCUUCGAGCUUAUGACUGGCAGCCUGGGAAAGCACGGAGUUUACUAUCUUCCAGAAAUCAACGAAAAGGUGGAGUACAAAGGAAUGAAAGUAGUAUUUCAUGCUUUCAACGGGUGGCUGCAAAACCCAGUGUUGAAGUCUUCAAAAACAAUGUCAUCAGGAGCCUUGAGGAAGUAUAAAGUGAGUAACGCACUUGGAAAAGAAGUUUUUCUAGUUUGCGUCGAAUGUUUCCAAGUGUACGCAGAAUCAGUAAAGUUCUGCUAUGAAGCGACAGGCGGAGGGAAGAACUCUUCAGGGGCAAUCUCUACGGGUCCGAUAUCGUACGUGUUAAGUCUGCAAAUCCGAGUCAGCCAACCAAUAAGAAGAUAUAAUAACGAAGAUGAAGGUAAUAACGAAUUGGAAAACUGCAACGUCACCCUGGGAGAGAGAAGUUUUGAGGUGAGUGAUCAGAGCGAACUAAGAACAGAAGUCAGAGGCUUGAGGUCACUCAACUUUCUAGCCAGCAGUAUUGACGGAUGGGUCAAUGUUCACCUCAACUCUACUGUGAAAACCCUAAUGGAGGAGAAGCUCCUGGCUUCAUUGAAUAAGGUGGUCACCAAACACGACAUGUGCGACGAGUUUAUUGUACUGUGAGAGAUGUUGAAAUUCGGAUUUUAAUAUAGUUGCAUUCUAAUUGAUAAGUAAAAUGUAUAUAUAACAA